AUGAACGAAGACGAGAAGUCCGAGGCUUAUGUUGGCGCCACCGAAGUUGGUCUCCACCACAUCCCAGCUUCAUCAUCUAGCGCAAAUGAAGGAGACUCCUUACAAGAAAGAGUCCUACAUUCAGUCAAUCAUCGAAGGUUGAACCCUCGACAGAUCCAACUUACUGCGAUUGCAGGUUCCAUCGGAGCUGCUCUGUUUGUCGCUAUUGGAAGUGGUGUCCUGUCGGGACCAGUGUGUUUGCUCAUAGCCUUCUUAUUCUGGGCGACAGUUGUGUAUUCUAUCGCACAAUGUCAAAUGGAAAUUGUUACCCUUUUCCCUCUUGACGGUUCUUUCAUUCGAUUGGCCGGUCGUAUGGUCGACCCAGCUCUCGGUGUUGCCGUCGGUUGGAAUCACUUCUUCGCUCAAACGUCUUAUGUCAUCUUCGAAGCUACUAUCCUCAACACGCUCGUUGGAUUCUGGGGCUACGAUGAAAACCCCGCGAUCUUGAUUACUGUCUCAUUGUUACUCUACUUGGCAAUCAACGUAUAUAGAGCUGAUCUCUUCGGCGAGACCGAAUUCUGGCUCGCCCUUGGAAAAGUCUUAUUGGCCACCGGUUUAAUCCUUUAUACUUUCAUCGCGAUGGUUGGAGGCAAUCCUCUUCACGACAAAUUCGGAUUCCGAUAUUGGAAAGACCCUGGACCUUGGGCAGGUGAAGAUGCGUCUGGUAAAUUAGAAGCAUUCAUCAACGCUGUCAAUGUCGCUGGUUUCUGUAUGGGUGGACCUGAAUAUAUUUCGAUGAUUGCGGGCGAAGCCAAAGAUCCCCGAAGAACAGUUCCUCGAGCUUUCAAGACUAUCAUGGCUCGAUUGGUCACUUUCUUCAUCGGAGGUUGUCUCUGCGUCGGUAUCUUAAUCCCUUAUAACGAUGAGACACUCGUCACUGGCUCUGCCAAGACUUACGCUGGUAAAUCGCCUUACGUCAUCUCUAUGACCCGUCUUCAAGUUCCUGUAUUACCGCAUAUCGUCAACGCGGCGCUUAUCACCUGUGUUAUCUCUGCUGGUAAUGCCUAUACAUUCAACGCAUCUCGAAGUCUACACGCGCUUGCUCUGGAUCGAAAGGCUCCCAGAUUCCUUACUCGAGUGAACAGCAAAGGUGUACCAUUCUAUGCUGUCAUUGUAGUAAUGCUUCUAUCUUGUUUGGCCUACAUGGCUUUAGGUUCCAGUAGUGCAAAGGUCCUCAAUUGGAUCUUGAAUUUCUGUACCGCUGCUACCAUGCUCAACUGGAGUGUUAUGGCGUUCACCUGGCUUCGGUUCAACAAAGCCAUGCGAGUUCAAGGCAUUGACAGGAAUGCCUUACUCCCAGUCACAUCAAAGAUUUUACCUUAUGGAGGUUACUGGGCUAUGUUUUGGGCACCUCUCUUCCUGUUCGUUCAAGGAUACGCUGUGUUCUUAAAGGGCAAUUGGGAUAUUGCUACAUUCAUUUUCAAUUAUGGUAUUAUCGCACUCGCUGGUGGUAUCGGACUUGGUUUCAAGAUAUUUGGUCGAACCCCUUUCCAUCGAAGUAAAGAUGUCGACCUGGUCACUGACUUGGAAUUCUUCGAUGCGCUCAAUGAUUAUUACCAAAAUCAAAAAGAUGAAAACCCGCCCACCUCUGUCAAAGACAAAAUCUUGGCUAAAGUGUUCUAA